AUGGAGCUCAUCUCAGAGGCAGGCUUGAGUGGGUGCAGGCCAGUUGCAACUCCAAUGGAGCUCAAUCAUAAGCUAACUAUUGUGGACUAUGAUAACCAUGUUGGGAACACAGAAGAUAAGGAAUUGGAGGAUGCCGGAAAAUAUAAAAAGUUGAUAGGAAAGCUGCUUUAUUUGACCAUCACAAGGCCAGAUAUAAGCUUUGAUGUACAAGUGUUGAGUCAAUUUAUGCAGAAUCCUAAACAAUCAUACUUAGAUGCAGCCUUGAGAGUGGUGGGGUACAUCAAGGGAUCCCCAGGCUUAGGUAUACUGCUGAAGAAAGGUGAAGCAAACAACUUGACAGUGUUUUGUGAUUCAGACUGGGCAGCUUUCCCAAAUACUAGAAGAUCAACUACGGGAUACAUUAUCAAACUAGGGGACUCUCUACUGUCCUGGAAGUCCAAGAAGCAACAAACAAUCAGCAAAAACUCAGCAGAAAUAGAAUAUAGGAGCAUGACUGCAGCAGUUGCAAAGGUAGUUUGA